UGUGCUAAUUGGUAUAUGGUCACCGCCCCACUUGUCCAUUUGACCAAUCAAAUCACUCACACAUCACUGGUGAUUGGGCUGGGAACGAUAUUCACUGCCUCCCUUUUCUGUGGCCUCAUCGACAGACUCAGAGGAGUUGGUGGUACCAUGUCUACUUCUGACUAUAGCUACAUCACCAUCUUUGAAGGGAUACUGCUAUAUGCGUCUGAGGCUCCAACUUACCACAUCAUAUUGGAGGUUGCCCUAGUCUUGUGGAUCAUUAAAUUGUUAUUCUUUACUCAAAAGUAUCAUCCAAAUGCUUCCGACAAGCCUACACCUGAGGAGGAAGAAAGUUUAAUACAUGAUUGGGAACCAGAGCCUUUAGUGCCUCCACUUAGCGAUGAUAAUAAAGUACCAGAGAGCCCCAUAGUAACUGGGAUGACUGGAACUUAUGUAACUGUUGAUGGAAAGAAAUGUCUUAACCUUGCCACAUUUAAUUUCCUUGGACUCCUUAAUAAAAAGAAUAUUCAUGAAGUAGCGGAGACAACUAUAAAGAAGUAUGGUGUUGGCUCAUGUGGUCCUAGAGGAUUUUAUGGAACAAUGGAUGUUCAUAUUGAUCUUGAGGAGAAACUUGCAGAAUUUACUGGACGAGAGGAAGCAAUUGUUUAUUCAUUUGGUUUUGCUGCUAUUGCCAGUGCUAUACCAGCUUACUCAAAGCGCGGCGAUAUUAUAUUUUGUGAUGAAGGUGUGGGUUUUGCUGUACAAAAAGGUCUUUCAGCUUCUAGAAGUCAAUUAAAGUACUUUAAGCAUAAUGAUAUGGAGGACUUGGAAAAAUUGCUUCUGGACCAAGAAAAGAAAGACAAAAGAAAUCCUGACAAGGCCAAAAAAGCACGAAAAUUUAUUGUCGCAGAGGCUUUGUAUAUGAAUUAUGGCGAUUUGGUGCCCCUUAAGAAACUGGUAGAGUUUCGUAAACGUUUUGGUGUUGCAAUUAUAUUAGAAGAAAGUUUGUCAUUUGGUGUGUUAGGAAAAACUGGAAAAGGUGCUGUAGAACACUUCAACUUAACGAAUGAUGAUGUUGACAUUGUCUGUGCGUCAAUGAGUUUAAGUAUGGCCACAAUGGGUGGAUUUUGUGCUGGUAAAACUUUUGUCAUUGAUCACCAAAGACUAUCAGGUGUUGGAUACUGUUUUAGUGCUUCUCUGCCACCUUUUCUUGCAACAGCUGGCUCUGAAGCACUGAGCAUCAUGAAAGAGUCUCCAGCGAUGUUCCAAGAACUGAGAGAGAAAGCAAAACUAUUCCGGCAGCUAUUGAAUGAUAUUUCAGAGAUAAGAGUUGAAGGUUUUGAGGAGAGUCCAUUGAUACAUAUUUACCUUGCUCAUUCACAAGGAUCCCGUGAGCUUGAUAAGAACCUUUUGGAUCAAAUAGUAUCAGACUGCUAUCAAGAAGGUAUUGCUAUCGUUACUGCUAAGUACUUGGAAUCGCAAGAGCAUAAUCUCCCUCCCCCAAGUAUUAGAUUGGCAGUGUCUGUGGAGCACACUAAGGAAGAGUUGACAAAAGGAGCUCAAGUCCUCAAGAAUGUAUUUGAGAAACGAUGUCAAUGAUUAGCAUAAUAAUUUUUCCCUUUUACUUGUCGUGUAUUUCAAUCACUGGUAAUAUUAGAUUUACAUGAUUGUCUUUAAUUUAGGUGCAGUUUCUGUUCACCUUAUUUAUUAUACUGAUUAUCAUUAUCUAUGCCUAUGAAUAAUGUGCCCUUUUAUUGUCUCAGCAAUAAAA